AUGCCCUCCACAACCAACCCCCCAGUCCCUCCUCUCCCUCUCUCCCGCCCCACCACCACCAGCGCCCCGACAACAACAACAACAGCAACAACAAAAAAACCACCAACACCAGCACCAGCACCAACACCAGCACCAGCAACAGCAACAACAUCCUUCUCCUCCACCACCUCUUCGUCCUCUCAAUCCACCCCCACAACCCUCCACACCCACACCCACCGCCUCCCCCCCUGGACCUACAUCCACCUCCGCCUCCUCACCACCACCACAGGAUCCCCAUCCACCCCAUCCGCUGGAUCCCCAUCCCAAUCCCCCCUCGACGCCCUAACCACCCGCCAACACCUCACCGCCGCCCUGCGCGCCCACCUCGGCGCCCACGGCGCCGCGGCGCCGGUCGACAUCUUGCGGGUGGACGGGGCGGAGGCGUGGAUCAGGGUGCCGCGGGAGGAUGGGGCGGGGGUGGUUGCGGCGGUGGGGGGAUGGGUUGGCGAGGAAGGAGGGAAUCAAGGAGGAGGGGUGGCGUGGGUGGUUGUGGGGUGGGGGGGUUGGUUGGGGGGAUUGGUGCUUGGGGAGGGGGGUGGUGGGGUGUUUGGGGAGAGGUGA